CGUCCAUGGCCGGUGAUUGCUGGGUCGCUUGUGUUGGCGGUGACAACACGAGCUGGGCCAAAUGCCGCGUGAAUCAGCGGCAGCAGCUGCUGCAUUGGGUGGAGGCGGGGCGAAAUUUCUUCCACUGGCUUGUUGCGCCCGAGGAGGAUCGGCGAUGGAAAGGUGUGCAUUUCGCCAGGAUCGCUGGCGACAAAUCCCUGAUCGGCACCGGCGAGUCCCUGAUUGCCACUGGCAAGUCCCUGAUCGCCACUAGCGAUUCCCUUCCGCAAAAAUCUAGCGCAAUUGAGCCGUUGCCACUGGAUGAUUACGAUGAGCUACAACCGGAUUUAACUUCGCUACAAUCUCCUGUGACAAGAGAAGAUCUGGGACGAGCUACAUGGACUUUUCUUCACAGUCUCGCAGCUCAGUAUCCAGAUAAGCCAACACGACAGCAGCAAAAGGACGUGCGAGAGCUUAUGGCGAUCAUCUCGAGAAUGUAUCCUUGCAAAGAAUGCGCGGAUCAUUUCAAAGAAGUGCUCAAAUCGAAUCCUGUCCGCGCUAACUCUGGCGUGGAUCUAUCGCAGUGGAUGUGUCGAGUACACAACAUUGUCAAUAGAAGUCUUGGAAAGCCUCAAUUUUCUUGCGAGCGUGUGGAUGCGAGAUGGGGUGCGCUCCACUGCGACGGCGCUUGUGAUGUUCAUGGCCGCCUACACAGCAUGAAGAGCUGAUCUUACGUCGCCCUGAGGUCUAGUAUAUCAAGCAAAUGGUUUUCAAUGUCUUUUGGAGAGCUCCAGAGAUGGAGGUUGGCUUUGAAAAUCUCACGAUUGUUCUCUA